AUGUCCGCAUCUCAACUCCCAUCUCAACCGGCCAAUGAUCCUUUGGUCUUCAACAUGAACGUCUCGGGCAAUUCGCCCGACCGGCGUUAUCCUUUCUUCAAUGGCGGGGGCCGGCUUCCGGUGCAAACCAUCAACAACGUCGUGUAUCGGUCUCCCUGGUGUCGUCACGGGUGGCACGCUCAAGAUCGCCAGCCGUUUCACUGGAAGAAUUCUUCACGCACCAUAUAUGGCUGCCGCGGCUAUGUUCGUGAUCAUGAGCAAGCUGACGAUUGGGACUGUGGGUAUGCCGAGGAAGGGAUACAUGGAGUUGGCGUCCCUAGCAUCCAGGUGCUAAACCCAGCUUGGGACGGGCGCUUCUGGCCCUUCCCGAGCAAUGGCGAGUGGUAUAAAAGGAACGGCACUGUCUUGCCUACGACGACGUCUUCUCCAGUCAAGGCGACACCGCCUUCUUCGCCCGACCGAUCAGGUCCAUCGUCCUCUCCCUCUGCUGGCGGUUCAGCUUCUAGGGCUUCUCGCAACACCUAG